AUGUCCAGUAAAGCACAGGAUGCGUGUGUGGCAAUGUCCGGUAAAGCUCAGGACCCGUGUGUGGCAAUGUCCGGUGAAGCACAGGAUGCGUGUGUGGCAAUAUCCGGUGAAGCACAGGAUGCGUGUGUGGCAAUGUCCGGUGAAGCACAGGAUGCGUGUGUGGCAAUGUCCGGUGAAGCACAGGAUGCGUGUGUGGCAAUGUCCGGUGAAGCACAGGAUGCGUGUGUGGCAAUAUCCGGUGAAGCACAGGAUGCGUGUGUGGCAAUGUCCAGUGAAGCUCAGGACCCGUGUGGGGCAAUGUCCGGUGAAGCACAGGAUGCGUGUGUGGCAAUAUCCGGUGAAGCACAGGAUGCGUGUGUGGCAAUGUCCGGUGAAGCUCAGGACGCGUGUGUGGCAAUAUCCGGUGAAGCACAGGAUGCGUGUGUGGCAAUGUCCGGUGAAGCACAGGAUGCGUGUGUGGCAAUAUCCGGUGAAGCACAGGAUGCGUGUGUGGCAAUGUCCGGUGAAGCUCAGGAUGGGAGUGUGAUAGCGCAAAUGUGA